ACAGUGCAUUCCGCCUGUGCAGCCGCCUUGCUCUCUCAUCCGCUUGUGUCGCGCUCGUUCGCUCUGUGUGCGUGUUUGUCCUCUGUCCUCCUUCUCUCUGUCCUUUCCCUCUCUGCUCUCUGAAACAACCAUGGCCCCCAAGAAGGUGGAACCCAAGAAGCCGGAGCCCAAAAAGCCGGAGCCCAAGAAAGAGGAGGCCCCAGCGGCUGCCCCCGCGCCCCCUCCAGAGCCCCCCAAGCCCGAGGUGGACCUGAGCGCACCCUUGGACUUCACCCCGGACCAGAUCGAGGAGUUCCGCGAUGCCUUCACGCUGUUUGACGAGACGCCAACGGGCGAGAUGAAGAUCACCUACGCGCAGUGCGGCGACGUGAUGCGCGCGCUGGGCCACAACCCCACCAACGGCGACGUGCUGACCGUGCUGGGCAAGCCCAAGGCCGAGGAGAUGCACGCCAAGCUGCUGGACUUCGAGACCUUCCUGCCCAUGCUGCAGCACAUCUCCAAGGCCAAGGACCAGGGCACCUUCGAGGACUUCGUGGAGGGCCUGCGCGUCUUCGACAAGGAGGGCAACGGCACGGUGAUGGGCGCCGAGCUGCGCCACGUGCUGGCCACGCUCGGGGAGAAGAUGACGGAGGACGAGGUGGAGAGGCUGAUGGUGGGGCAGGAGGACGCCAACGGCUGCAUCAACUACACCACCUUCGUGCAGCACAUCAUGGCCUCCUAAGCCUGAGCUGACAUAAAGUGGACCAGGACCAGACGUGGCAUCAAUCAAUCCCUGGGUUCAGAAAAUCUAAUCUCUUACCACAAACUCUAACCAACCCUUUUUGAGCUGAACUGAUAUUGAACCAACCAGGACCAGAAGUGGCAUCAACCAAUCCCUGGGUUCAGAAAUUUUAAUCCCUAACCAUAAACUCCAACCAACCCUUUUUGAGCUGAACUGAUAUUGAACCAACCAGGACCAGAAGUGGCAUCAACCAAUCCCUGGGUUCAGAAAUUUUAAUCCCUAACCAUAAACUCCAACCAGCCCUUUGUGAAGCACAUCUUGUGGGCACCUGAGCUGAACUGAUGUUGAACCAACCAGGACAGAAGUGGCAUCAACAACCAAUCAAAGGGUUCAGAAACUUAAAACUCUAUCCACAACUUUGAGUCAACCACCCUCUAACCAGCUGAUCCUCAUGAAUACUAUGAAUGUGACAAAUGAAGACUACGAAUGUGACAAAUGAAACUCCUUGUAGACUGGUAGACCAGUUACUUAUUGGUAGUGAAGUAUAAUAAAUUCAGGUAAAUUGGUCCACUUUUUUUGUUUUUUUGUUUUUUGCAUAGAAGCGAAUGGCCCAGAGUGACACAAUUUACCUGAAUUUACCAUAUUUUGGAAGGAUAUUGUGGCAAGGUUUUUGAUUUCUGAACACGGAUUUUGACACCUCUGACCUGGAUCCACGACUCCCCACUCUCUCCCCAGGAGCUGUAGCCAGUGGUAUGUGGGAGGGAUGUAACUUCUACCAUACAAGGGGCCUCUCCUCUCUGCUGCUGCUGCUGUUGCUGCUUAUAAAUGGGGAGACAACAAACCCAAAGACUGUGAGGUGAAGAAUGAUGGGAGUGUGACAUGGCUGUGGUUUGGACAAUGUAACGUGGUAAACCGUAAAAUAAAAAUAAUCUAACUCCCUA